AAGUUCAAGAAAUAAUCAGUUAGUCCGAAGAUCAACAAGUUCAAGAUGGUCAAGUCCUUAACUACCCUGUUCGUUUUGCUCAUCGCUUCCAGCGUUCAAGGCGGCGGCAUAUUUGGUACCAGUCGUUCUGUCUUCAAAUCCAUGUCGGAAAACUGGGAGAAUCUUCUAAAACUCGUCGCAAACACGCCUAUUACAAAUCAAACGUGCAUGGAACAGUCUUGGGACAUAGAGCAGCUGUCUUCCGAAAUUCAACUGAAUAGCAGCGUAUCAUGCCUCACGGAAUUGAAAGCCGCCGUCGAAUCCGAAAACCCGGACGAUACUGCGCUAUUGGAAAUUAUUGACAAACUAAUAGCAACUUUCACGGAAGGCGCUACGUGUGCCUGUACGGAAGAUAUGUGGGACUACGUCAAGUGCUAUGCAGCUAUAAUCGAAGGGGCUGUCAAAUACAUGUUGAGCGCCUGGACCACCGAAGCAUCCGCAGCUUGGGAAUUAUGUAAGGCCAAUAGUACCAUUAAAUCCCAAGCAAAGUCCUGCGUCGAAACCAUCGCCGAGACAGCUGCGGCCGCGAACUUCAAAAGCGCUGUCCAAGAAACAGUUCAGUGUGUCAAAAAAUGGACUAGCUAAAAUGGCGCGUCUGACCGCAUCUCAGCUGUGCUCUGAGCUCACGCAGGCCAAAUACCACACCUGUACCAAAGUUCUUCAAUAAAAUAUGAUCCCCAGCAUUGAAA